CGAUAUCUCUUGAAAUAAAAUAAACACAAUUUUAUGAAGAACAAUUUUUGGGCCAAAAAUGAGAUGCGCAGUGUUAAAUUGCAAAAAUGCCAGAACUGCCUCUGAGAAAAAUCAAGAUUUAUGCUUCUUCAAGUUUCCGAGGAACGCAGAUUUAGUCAAGCAAUGGGUAUCUUUUUGCGGCAAUAAAAAUGCCCUGAAUGUGAAGAAUGCCAGCAUAUGCAUCAAACAUUUCAAAGAUGAGGAUAUCGUCGGGGCUCUUAAGUUCGAAUUGGGCUUGGCGAAGAAGAGGACAUUGCGGCCAGGCGCAGUGCCGUGCUUAAACCGGGAGAUAGAAACCAAGUCGGAAAAGGCUCGCAAAGAACGAAACCAAAAGCGGGAGAAUCAGAAACUGGUGGCCGAGCUUCUGGCGUAUGCCGAGGCAAAGGAAUUGGCCCAGGAUGACAAUGAACUCGCUCCCAGCAAUGUCCGAUAUAAUACUGUUUCGGCCCCGGCUUUCGUGAGUCCGCCGCCCAUUGAUGAAAGCGCCACCCUUCAGACCAUAUUACAUGAAGAUGACCCCCUCACAUCAGAUGAAAACCACGAAAGUCUAAACCAGCUCAAUAAGUGUCGUACUUGCUAUCGGGACUAUGAGUUUGAUCCGAAUGCCGAAGAUCCUUUUGACAAGGCCAACAGCGUUUUGCUGUUUCGCAUCGAAGUCAUUUGUGGAGUUUGGCUCACGAGCAUCGAUGGCGGACCACGUUUUAUGUGUCCCGAUUGUCAGUUGUCCCUGAACACUGCGAUCGAGUUCCGUGAGAAGGUCAUAAGUACGGAGGUGAUGCUAACGCAGGGGAGGCCCGUGUGUGAUAAACCAGCUGUCGAAGUAGAGUCGGUAGCAACAGAGACAGGUCAAGGGACAUCAGCUCCUGAGUGGACAUCAGAAUUGACAUCGAUUAAUAUGGAAGAAGACGACGAAGAAGAUCCACAGCACGAAGACAUUUAUGAUGAAUCAUAUAGCCCCAUGCAUAGCCCUAGCUCUAAUAAAAUUGAUCGUAUAGAAAUUAUAGAGCCGAUUGAGGAAAAUAUCGACGCUGCCCCAGCAGAUCCACUCAGCGUUGCCCGUGGUGCAAAAAUUCUAAACGAACUGAUAAAGGAAUUCAAAGGUCAAGAUAAAGUCAAAACCGAAAAGACAAAAGAAGAAACAAAUGCACCGAAAAAAGAGAAGGAACAGGCCAAUCCAAUUAAACCCAAAAUCCGGGCAAGACGCCAGGCCAAUCCCAAAUCGAAAUCGGAGCGGAAUCGCAUACGCCGCGCCCAGCUCAGAGACAAGCCCCUAACCCAUGUGUGUGAUCAAUGCGGGCAGAUAUUUCGUAUGGUGCACAAUUUACAAAUUCAUAUGCUUCGUCACAGCCGCACGAAGAACUUCGAGUGCCCGGAAUGCCCAAUGACAUUCUACGAUGCCUACAUGAGGAACAUUCACAUACGCGUCCGUCACAAGGGCGAGAAUCCAUUCGUCUGCAGAUAUUGCCCCGAAAGAUUUGCAUAUGCGGGGAAGCGUCAGAAGCACGAAGCUAAAGUACAUUGGGCACCCCCUCGCAUAAAAGUAAAGCGGAUAAAUCCCGCGCCAAGCCCACGAGCUAAGACGCGGUACUUUUGCAAACUAUGCGAUAAAAACUAUGUGUCGAAGUACGCUUUAGCCUGGCACACUAGAUCGCAUGCAGAGGCAAACGCCUUCAAAUGCCAGCAUUGCGAAAAGACCUACUCCGAGCCAGCGAAGCUGAAGAGGCACGAAAUGACUCACGGGGAAAGGCCACUGCAAUGCGACGUCUGCCUGAAGGGCUUCUAUCAGCGCACCAAGCUCAAAGCUCAUGAACUCAUACACACUGGAGAACGCCCCUUUCGACCCUUUCUUGCAGGUGUGAAAUUUGUAACGUUAAUUUCCGGUACAAAACUAAUUUAAAGACUCAUGCGAACACCAAAAUGCACCAGGAGAAUCUACUCAAAUCGGGAGAGAAUGUUAAAAUUGAUGUCGACUAGAACUAAAAUGUAUUUAUUCUAUUAUGGAGGCCUGAUGGUCGCCGUUUUAAAUUUACGACUCUCUUCAGGGUCCUCGUCAGUUCUUCCUUGAAAAUGAAAGAACCAUGUUCAAUAUCAAUCUUUAACCCAUUUUGGAAAAAGGAAAAAGUUUUAUAAAUAUACGAAUAAGAGGCAUCGUAGCUCCAUUGGCUAACAGGUGGAUAUUCGGAUUGAUUCGAACAGCCUCUGUAAUCUUCUUGCAAAAAAAAUUCCCAGCGGAUCUUCAGCUACUGCCGGAUAAUUAAAAUUAUAUUUGCCAUAUAUGUAAAUUUGUAA